AUAAGUACAUUUAAAGCCAGAAAAUAGUUUACAUUAAACAUAAAAAGAAAAAAGAAAAUAAGAGUGCCACUCGCAGCGAAGCGAAGCGAAGCCAUGGGAGAGAAGAGAGAAAUGGAAAAAGAAACAGAAAAGAUAUGUAAGAGAUGCAAGAAGAGCUACACUGCAUCUUCAAAUGAUUCUUCUUCUUGCCGUUUUCAUCCUUCUUUCUUUGUUUGUCGUCGUCAUGACGACCAAAAGAGGUACUAUGAACUGAAACCUGAUGAUCCGCCAUAUGCUGCCAAGUUCUACGACUGCUGUGGGGCUGAGGACCCUGAGGCUUUAGGCUGUACCACCAGUGUCCAUGUCUCAUAUGAUGAUGAUUGAUUGACAUGUUAUUUCCCUCAUUCACCUGAAUCCCGUCUGAUGAUCAAAAUCUGUAUAUUUCUGCACAACUCUGUUCUUUAUAUAAAUGUUAAGAGAAUUGUGAUGUCUAAUUUGUGUAAUCUUUUCUGUUUCAGCAUGUGGGGUAGGUAUAGUUUGAAUUUCACCAAAUGUAGCAUUUGUGGUUCUGUGGCUUUUGUCUUAUUGGAAGAAAGCAUGUGCCACCUGAUAAUCUGUAUUCCUAUUGUGUUUUGGCUGUUCUUCCUGUGCUGUAUAAUCAUUUAGUGUUCAAAAUUAAGGGAAGUUCUCACAUUUUGUUGA